AUGGUUCAUCUCGCCAGAGUCGCUACGACCAAGGACCUCGAGGAGAAGAUCGUCCCGGGUCUCGAGGAUCUCAAGUUUGACGACGCUGCUGAUGAUGAAGAUGAGUUCACGGCUAGUGUCUAUGGCUCGAGAUUCGCGGCGGCGGAUCUCCCCAAGCAUGAGAUGCCUGAGCGUGAGAUGCCGCGUGAGGUGGCUUAUCGUAUGAUCAAGGACGAUUUGACUCUCGAUGGCACACCUACUCUCAACUUGGCCUCCUUCGUCACGACCUACAUGGAAGACGAAGCCGAGAAGCUCAUGAUCGACGCCUUCUCCAAGAACUUCAUCGACUACGAGGAGUACCCCGUCUCCGCCGACAUCCAGAACCGCUGCGUUUCUAUGAUCGCCCGCCUCUUCAACAUCCCAGCCCACGAUGAGAACACAAAUGCCAUGGGGACGUCGACCAUUGGUUCCUCCGAAGCCAUUAUGCUCGCGACCUUGGCCAUGAAGAAGCGCUGGCAGAACAAGAGGAAGGCCGAGGGCAAGGACUACAGCAACCCCAACAUUGUCAUGAACUCGGCUGUGCAGGUUUGCUGGGAGAAGGCCGCCAGAUACUUUGAUGUUGAGGAGAAGUACGUCUACUGCACGGAUGAUCGUUAUGUGAUCGAUCCUGAGCAGGCUGUCGACCUCGUGGACGAGAACACAAUUGGUAUUUGCUCGAUCCUGGGAACGACCUAUACUGGAGAGUAUGAGGAUACCAAGGCCAUCAACGACUUGCUUGUUAAGAGAGGCAUUGACUGCCCGAUCCACGUCGAUGCGGCUUCUGGCGGUUUCGUUGCCCCAUUCGUCAACCCCAACCUUGUUUGGGACUUCAGACUUGAAAAGGUCGUUUCGAUCAACGUCUCUGGCCACAAGUAUGGUCUUGUUUACCCAGGUGUUGGAUGGGUGGUCUGGCGUGAUCCUGAGUUCCUGCCAAAGGAACUCAUCUUCAACAUCAACUACCUCGGUGCAGACCAGGCGUCGUUCACGCUCAACUUCUCCCGUGGCGCUAGUCAAGUCAUUGGACAGUACUACCAGCUCAUUCGUCUGGGCAAGAAGGGAUACCGUAGCAUCAUGUUCAACUUGACCCGUACUGCCGACUACUUGUCCGCGGCUGUCCAGAAGAUGGGAUUCCUCUUGAUGUCGCAGACCAAGGGCCAGGGUCUCCCACUGGUGGCAUUCCGUCUCAACCCAGACGACGACCACAAAUUCGAUGAGUUUGCCAUUGCUCACCAGCUGCGUGAGCGUGGAUGGGUCGUUCCCGCAUACACCAUGGCGCCAAACGCCGGCAAGCUGAAGAUGAUGCGUGUGGUCGUCCGUGAGGACUUCUCCCGCAGCCGCUGCGACGCACUGGUUUGCGACUUGCAGAUGGCCGUGAACGAGUUGAAGAAAAUGGAUGAGUCGAAGCUGCAGCAGCACAAGGAGCAUCGCCAGGCACACGCGGCCGUCAAGACCUGGCAGAAGAAGAUCAACAACCACUACGGCGACGAGCAGCACUCCCUCAAGGGCAAGCACGGCAAGUCCCAUGGCAUUUGCUAG